AUGAGUGCCGCUUUGAAGAAUAUGUUCCCCCCGAAAGCCAAUCUCACAGAGGAAACCUUGCCCGAUCAGAGUAACAAGGUCUUCAUCGUCACAGGAGGCUCCAGUGGUCUAGGCAAGGAACUAGCAAACAUCCUCUACAGCAGAAAUGCCAAAGUGUACCUCGCAGCACGGUCCGAGACGAGGACCAUGGCUGUGAUGAAGGAGCUGAAGGAGUUGUACCCGCAGUCGAGAGGACGCUGUGAGUAUCUGUUCCUGGAUCUCAACGACCUCUCGACGAUCAAGCAAUCCGCCCAAGAGUUCCUCGGGAAGGAAGACCGCCUGGACGUCCUCUGGAACAACGCAGGCGUCAUGCUCCCACCGCAAGGGUCCAAGACAGCUCAGGGCUACGAACUCCAACUCGGCGUCAACGCCGUGGGGCCGUUUCUUUUUACCCAUCUCCUCCACCCCGCGCUAUCUGCUGCGGCCAGAACUGCACCGAGGGACUCGGUCCGCGUUGUAUGGCUGUCUUCGGGCUAUGCGUCCAUGGCCCCCAAGCCCCCGAUCGACUUUGACAACAUGAACUACGCCAAGGACGAGAGCGCGGGGACAAAGUACGGCAGGAGUAAAGCUGGUAACGUCGUCAUUGCAGCCGAGUAUGCGAGGCGGACGGCCAAAGAGGGAAUCGUCAGCAUAAGUGUCGACCCCGGCGUCUACAUGACAAACCUGCAGCGUACGAUGCCAUGGUACCAAAAGAUCAUUGCGAAAGCAAUUGCGCGAGAGCCAAAGAAUGGUGCUUACACCGAGCUAUUCGCCGGUCUGAGCCCUGAUAUCACUCACGCAAACACCAGUGACUGGGUGGUUCCCUUUGGUCGUCUUACACCUGCUCGGGCUGACCUCGUGGAAAAGGAGCUUGGGAAGAAGUACUGGGAAUGGUUGGAGAAACAAGUGGGACCGUACCUGGUUUAA